UAUAUAUAUACAUAUAUAUAUAUGUAUGUGUGUAUAUAUGUAUAUGGGGCAUCAUGUCGCUUUCGUAGUUAAAUCUCAAGCUGUCCACCUUUGCCCUUUCCCUCCAUCGCCAUAGCUAGCUGGACAGUCACACGCAGACGACGAGUCCGGCAAUCUUCUUCUGCAUUUCUACUUCUUAAUUCAGACAUAGCCACGUUCUUCCUUGCCCUAAUUCCCUCUCUCUCUCUCAAUAGAACUUCAUCAUGUUCUUCAGACCUAAGGGUGCUUGAUUAUUCCAAUCACUAUAUAUAUAUAUAUAUAUGAUGUAUGUAUUGUGUGUAUCAUCAUUCACCAUUCCACACCAUGUUUAAAUGCUUUCGAUAGUAAUGAAUGAAAAAUGUGAGGAUUUAAGUGGCGAUGCAUUUACAAUGUUUUCUUUGGGCGACGAAUCCUUGUUCAAAUCUCCUCCACCUAACAGUUUCUUCCACCUUUCUGACAUCGAUCAUCAGCACCAACAGCAAAACCCUACAUCGAAACACGACGACUAUGCAACUACUAAUAAUAAUCACUUCUUCUCCAGCUUCCCUUCCCCCUUCUUCGACGAGCAUGAAUUGCCUCUGAAUCAAAUAUUACCUAAGAAUCUUUUCACUAGCGGCAAUCACACCGCCUUAUCAGAUCACCAUCGUCAGAUUUGCAAGGAAGCCACCAGAACAUGGAAGCUGAAAGGAAAGGCUAAAGAUAUCAAGUCUGGCGGUGCAUCAUCGAGGCGGCGGAGCACGGCGGCCGCAAUUCCGAGGAGGCGAGCCGGGAAGAAAGAUAGGCACAGCAAGAUUUCGACAGCUCAGGGGAUUCGGGACAGGAGGAUGAGAUUGUCACUACAAGUGGCGCGCAAAUUCUUCGAUCUUCAGGAUAUGCUUGGAUAUGACAAGGCCAGCAAGACGAUCGAGUGGCUGUUCGGUAAAUCGAAGAAGGCAAUCAGCAACCUCGUUAAAGACCACGAUCCACAAGGGAACAGCAGUUCCUUGACCUUGAGCGAUGCAAAGACUGAAUCUUUAGUCUCAUCAUCAGAAUGUGAGGUUGUGUCCGGAAUCGAUCAAGAAAAUUCCAACAUUGAGGCUGACAACGAAACUCCAUUGAGUUCAAAAAGUUGUGUGAAAAAUGAGAAGAAAUCCCCCAAAAGCGUGUCGAAACCUAACUUGAGAGAAUCGAGGGAGAAGGCUAGGGCAAGAGCACGGUGUAGGACAAGGGAGAAGAUGAUGAACAAAGGGGUUGGGGUUGAGCAUUCCAGCCAAUUGAUCAAAUCAAGCCCUAAUCGCGAUGAUCUUCUGAAACUAGGGUCUGGAAACAACAACCCCUUCGAGGCUGCAGAAUCGGGUUCGGUUAACCAGGAAAGCUUUGGGACUACUAAUCAUGAUUACAACAUUAACUCUUCAACAUCGUUGGAACAAAAUAUGGCAGAUGUGGGCACUAUUGAGAAGUUGCUGGGGACAUCAGCAUCAUCAUCGACGUCUUGCCCUAUGUUCUCUGAUUACUAUUGCCCUGCAGCUGUUUCAUGCUGCAUAGAUCCCAACAGCAGUUUCAUGGGGUUUCUUGGAAAUUGGGAUCUGCUGAACAAUGAUGGAGUCAACACAGUUACAGAUCAGGUUUCUUUGCCAGGUAACCCAAAUUCAGAUUACUCACUUGAUGACGCCCUAAGUUUUCCUUUCUAUCAUCACUGAGAUCAUAAUUCUCCAUCACAUGUUGAAAAUUCCUCAGAUUAUCUCAUCUCAGGUAUAGAUCCAUAUAUAUAUAUGGUUUAAACUAUGGUUCAGUUUGAGAACUUGGAAUCCCUAGCUUUGAUUGAUGUAUUUAGUUUCUAUGUCAUCAUUUGCAGAUCAUAAAUAAAUAUAAGGAUUCUGUAUCGUGGUUGUGUUCUUAAUUCAAAAUCUACCAAUUAAGCUUCAAUGGCCAACAACAACAUAA